AUGGCGUCGAAGGAGGCCGCCGCGCUGGCCAUGGCCGUGGAGGAAGGCAAGACGCGCGACCUGUACAAUGCGCUGCGGACGGGGGAGCACGGCGUCAGUCUCGAAGCGUUGGCCCAGUCGCUCUAUUUUGUGCAGCACGCCGAGUUCACGCUCUUCGACGUAAAGGACGCCUUCCGCUCGUCUGCAGGAGCGAGCGAGCGUUUCUUGGCCUACAGGGAGUUCCAGGUCUUCCUCAGCAAGACUGCUCGUGUCAAGUAUUAUGGCAAUUGCGGCGGGUACGACGAGGCGAGUGGGUCGAUGGAUGCUUCGCCGCAACAGCACCCUCGACCGACCGACCUGGAGCUGGUGUGCGCGCUGGUGGAUCAACUCACCAGCGAGCGCCAUUACCAUCAGAUGCAACUUGAUACGCUGCGCUGCCAAAUGACUCGCUGCAGCGCUCUCGAUACGCUUGAGCUCAACUUGCCGCUGCUCGUGCAGAGUUUCCAGCUCUACGGGCCUCAUAAUUGCCUGUCGACGAACGUCGCGGCCUCGAUGCGGUCAAUUAUCACGCUGGACGGAUUCGUCGACUUCCUCAACGCGUACUUCGAGUACGAGGAGUUCUUCUCGUUCGACGACCUCGCACGAAUGUCAAGAGAGGUGCUGGCGGGGUUUGAAAGGGCCAGCGCCAAGGCCGACGCGAAAGACUGCAAGGACUCUGCAUGUCGCACCGGUGACGAUCUCAACUUUGCGCAGUUCUUGGAGCUGUUCUGCCGCGUGGCUUCUGCUUUCCACCACAAGCUCCUUGUCCGAGAGGGGGCGCAGCUUCGACGAGCGGUUGAAUCCUGCCGCCUCGAGUUCAGCCUCGAGAUUCUCUUGGAUCACAUGCGUAUGACGCUGAUCCCGAACGAUGGCACACUGACGGAGGUUGCCCCCAGCCAACACAAGCAAGAGGUUUCUUCCGUUAUUGCGGGUAUGAAAGGGCUAACAGCCGAGAACUUGCAGUCUCCCCGUGGCGAUGACGCAGCAGCCCUGAUUUCUGUAGUUCAAAAUGUCCGCGACGUGCUGCGACUCGAUGCUGCUGACCACGCGAUGUCUAAGAUGCCUCGGUCUCGGGGAUUGAAGCGCGUAGGCAGCUUAGUAAACCAAGGUCCCCUGUCCAGAAAGCCGAGCGCCAGUCUAAUUGAGCCUGAUCCGUCGGGUAGGAGUACACCCACCAUGCACUCGACCGCAGCUACAGCGCACCUUUCAAACAAUCGAAAGCCUCCUCCCCAGGUCGCCAUGAUACGGGAAGUUAUCAUGCCCCCGUCGUUGCCUGGAGACCUGAUUCAGCUACUCGAAAGCGCGCUGAAGUUUCAAAAUAUGGGUCAGCACAACAUGGCGCUAAGCACCCUGGAUUCAUGUACGCAGCGCUACCAAGCUCAGUAUCCAUCGCCAAGCGACAAUGCGACUGUCGACCUGAUCCGCACUGAGGUUUUGCUGUUUUUCGCUCUGCAAGCUGCGAGUGUGUAUGACAGCGCCCGUCGAGAUGCACAAGCCUUGAUGAAAUACUGCGAGGCAAUGAAGUUAGCGCGUCAACUUCCUGCGUCGCACCCCGGACGAUUGCUUGUGCGGAGCUGCCUAGGAGUCACUCUAUUCUACGCGGGUGAGGUAGCGUUGGCGCAGCAAUGUCACCAGCUUGUCGUAGAUGCACGGAAAGCUGCCAAAAGCAGCACAGCUGAAGCUGACCAGCAGCCAGACAAACGAGCCGCUGCCAAAACGGAUACCAACUCCACCAGUGCACUCAUCGACGCGGCAACGGCCAUGAACAACCUUGCCUGUUGUUUAUCUCAAGACCAGACCGCGCUCUCCUCAAAAUCCUUGGACAACGCAUAUCUGCUGUUUAAACACGCCCGGCAGAUUUACGCAGACGCGUUCGGGCCCUCGCAUCCUCGUGUAGGACUGAUCGCCCGCAAUUUGGAUCGCGUUCGAUCGUCUCAGAACGGCGUAGUGAGCGACGCAGCCGAGGCUUUGGCGCGAGGUGAGUAUGCACAUGUGAUUCCUGGCAGCAGAUUCCAGAUCCAGGCUUUUGAGUACGUAGCAAAACCUUCAAAGAGCAGCAGCAGCAAAAGCGGUAAAUCCGGAGGCAAGAAGAAGAAAAAGGGAGCCAAGUAA